CUGCCAAAACCCUCCGGUGGGAAGAGGAGCUGUGCCACCCACAGCGGGGUGGAGGGCAUGGAGGGAGGCCCACCUGGCCGUGCCACUGUCCCCAAAACCAUCCCAGAGGAGCCCCCCAUCCCAGGCAGCUCUGACCUGGCGUCCCUCACAGAUCGCCCCUGGCUGACGGAGUCCAAGAAGGUGCAGAAGCUCCAGGACAAGAUCUACGUGGCCCUGCAGCACGAGAUCCAGAAGAAACACUCCGCCGAGGACAAGCUCUCGAAGAUGGUUUCCAAGCUGCCCUUGAUGAAGACCAUUUGCAACCUGCACUUGGACAAGCUGGAAUUUUUCCGCCUCCUGCACCCGGAGACCGCCAUGAACUUCCCCCCCCUGUACAAGGAGGUUUUCAACUCGGAGCUCCAGUACAGCGACCCUCGGGAGAGCUAAGGCCGGGAGCCACCUCGAGGCCCUUCGAGCCCCCUCCCCACCCCCCCCCAACCCCCCCAAAUUUGGAGACGAACUGCACUUCAGAGGUUUGGGGCAGUUUAUUUAAAUCCAGUCAAUCAAACUCAAG